AACAUACAUCAUUUUUAUUUAUUUUUACAUAAAAUUCACAUGUCAGUUCGUUUGCCCCCUGGCACUCUACUUGCCCGCCACACUUCCUUUCUCAAAACUCAUCUCCAUUUCCCUCUACAACGAUAAUGCUACUAAAACUGUGACUUUUACAUGUAAUCCAAACAAGUCCUUAAUUUCGCCCCAAAAUGGACUCUUACUCUCAACUGUUGGAGAAAAUUCGAAUCCCUCAACCAUCCCUACAAAAAUUUGCAGUAAUCUCGAUCUUCGAGAAGCUUCGAUCGGCUCCACCUCACUUGAACCCUAACUCCGACCCGGGAACAGACGCAAUUACUCAGUGCCUUCAUUCCACGUCAGCUUCUGUACUUGAUCAAUCGGUUCGAGAACUAUGUCGCCUUGUAAGAGACUCCAAAUUGGACCUUUCUCGCGGGUUAAUGGAGCUCCAGUCUGCUCUCGAAGCCUCCGAUUCGAAAUUUGUCAGUUUAUUUGUCAAAGGCAUAGGUUUUCUUGUUCGGUUAGGUUUCCAGAAGAAUUUGUUGCGGUUUUUAGCUUCAGAGAAUCAUCCAUUCGUCAAGGUGCUUUCUUGUCGAGUGGAGGUUCAAACAGAGCUAGUGCAACAAGUGCUUAUUUUUAUAAUGCAGAGCAAGCAUUUGGGAAUGGUGGAAGUUUGUGAAUUCUUGGUACCUUUCUUGAAUUAUUCAAUUGUUAGGAUGCCCUCAUCUGUUUCAGUUUCUUCAUUUAUAAGAAGUUUGAUGUCAUCAUUAGCUGGACUUUGUUGUUCGAUUCCUGGGGAGGCCAUUCCUGUUAUGAAGCUUCUCAUUGGGCGUUUGAAGUUUUUUCCAUGCGACAAUGCAGAAGAUUUUACUAAUAUUUCGCACUGCCUUGAAUGCAUUGUAGAUGCGUAUGUCGUGGUCCUGCAACAAUUGGUGGAAAUGGGAUCGCAGCUGCUUCAUGAAGUUCAGUUGUAUGGUGUGGAGCUACUGGAUGCUAUGUUCUCCUUAUGUACAAAUCCAAAGCACACGAGUUCAAUUGAGAACAUUUUAGAAGUAUCAAGGCGCAUAUUGAUUGUGCAAAAAGAUCUUGGUUUGAGCUAUAUGCCUGAAUUAUCAACAGUUACGCUGUCCUUAUUUAUGGUACUUGUGCAGUCUGAACUUGAACACGAACAGUUCUUGGAGGUGAAACUUAUUCUAUUUCUGUUGAAGUGGAAAAAUGAGAAUGAGCAUGAUGUCCUUAGAGAUGCAUAUGAUUUGAAUGAAGAGCUCUUGUUCAUCUUCCCUGCUAUCAGCCUUCUUUCUUCUCCAUCUAAAUCAGUAAAACAAGCAGCAACCGAUUUGCUUCAUAUUUUGGGAAAGCUUUCGAAUAAGCUACUUAUUGCACAAAAUACAGGAAAGCGAAAAGGAAUGAAAUUUCCUUCCAUUAGUACACCUAAGUACAUAGUCUUCAGACUCUUGCAGCAUAUAUGGCUUCAGGACCUAUCUCCAUUAUCUGGUUCUUUUUAUCUGAAUUAUGCGCCUGCUCAUGUCACUCCUAUUAGAGACAAGCACUAUGUAUCAAAAACUUGGAGCUCCUUGGUUACAGAUCACCUGCAUCGUAUUAUUGCAAGAAGAAAGUCGUCAUCCAUCUCACAGUCUCAGAAGAUCUUUCUGACCGAUAUGCCCAUGAUACUCAGUGCGAUUGCCUGUGUCCUUGUCAUGCAUCAAACAGAUGGGAGCUCUUCUGUUGAUAUCUUGGCUAAUAGCAGCAAUGCAGAUCCUAAACUUGGUGUCCCUUUGUUGCUAGUCAUUCAAUUCUACAAUCAUAUAUUUUCCACAAAUACAGGUGUUGAUUUUCAUGGAGUUCUGCUAAAACUUUUGGAACUGCUGCCAUCACUUGCUUCCCAUCCUGCAAUCAUACCUCUCAUUAUUCAGACAUUGUUGCCUAUGCUUCAGAAUGAUAAGAAACCCAUUCUAUUUGCCACUGCGAUUCGUUUACUUUGCAAGACCUGGGAAUUCAACGACCGAGUCUUUGGGACCUUGCAGGGAGUACUACAAGCAGAUAGAUUUACUCGGUUUGCGUCUCAGCGAGAUAUUUGCAUUAGUAUGGCUGUUUCCAUCUGUGAUAUCUGCAGAAGAAAUCCUGAUCGUGGAGUGGACCUUAUUUUAUCUAUUGCGGCUUGCAUUGAGAAUCAAGAUCCUUUAAUGCAGUCUCUGGGUCUUCAAAGCCUUGGUCACCUCUGUGAAGCAGAUGCUAUUGAUUUUUAUUCUGCUUGGGAUGUGAUUGGGAAGCAUGUGCUUAACUAUUCAGCGAAUGCCAUGGUUGCUGACAGCCUCUGUCUUCUUUUGAAAUGGGGUGCGAUGGAUGCUCAAGCACACCCUGAAGCAUCAGUAGAUGUGUUGAAGAUACUGUGGGAUAUUGGAACCUCCCAAGACUUUAGGCCAGCUUCCUUAUGGUCCAAAGCUCGGGCAUCUGCCUUUGUGGCAUUAGCCAAUUAUGAGGUAGAGCAUCUUGAAAGAAGUAUUCCAGAUUUCAAGGACAGAAACUAUGAGUAUCUUGUGUCCGAAACUGACCCUGAAGUGCUUACUGCACUGGAAGGAUUUGAAGUCAAACUUUUAACUUUUGAACACAUCACCCGUCGAAGAUUAGUAAAGCAGAAAAGGGUGUCUGCAAACAAAAUUGAGAAGCUGUUAGAUGUCUUUCCUCGUCUCAUCUUUGCUUCAGGAAAAGAAAGAAGAGAAAAAGAAUUACCUGGUGCAGCUCUUUUUUGCCUUUCCUUCACAAAGAAAGAUUCAAGGAAGCCAGGAGCAGCAGAGGACUGGCAAGAUGUACAAGCUAAAUAUGAAUCCUCACUGGUUGAUAUAGCAACAUCUCUUCAACUGUCAAGAAAUACAUUGAUAGCAAUUCUUUCUUUGCAAUCAUGGAAGCCCUUCAUGCGGAGGUGGAUGAGAGCCCAUAUCUUGUUACUUGAUGCUAAGUUGCAGACUGCUGUUUUGGACAAAACUCCUAAAGCUGCUAUUGAAAUUCUGAAGAGUAUGACAGCAAUUGCAGAGAGAUCUCUCCCUCGAUCUGCUGAGAAUAUCGCAUUAGCUGUUGGAGCCAUUUGUUCGGUGUUGCCCGCUUCUGCACAUGCUGUUAAAGCGACCGCCUCAAAGUUUUUGCUGGAUUGGUUGUUCCAACAUGAACAUGAGUAUCGCCAGUGGUCAGCAGCAAUCUCUCUUGGUGUGAUAUCAAGUUGCCUACACCUGACUGAUCACAAGCAGAAAUUUGAGAAUAUCAAUGCACUGCUUGAGGUUGCAUCUGUGAGCAAAAGCACACUUGUGAAAGGAGCUUGUGGAGUUGGGUUAGGUUUUUCAUGUCAAGCUCUUCUAGCCAGAGCCGAUGCUGAUGAUAAUGCUCACCCGGGCAAAGAGACAUACAAGAUAGAGGAAGCAAAUUUGUUGAGAAAGAUCAUCAGGACCUUAUCCGAGUUGAUCUCUCAAUUCACACCUUCUUCAGCAGAUGUUCUUGAAACUCUGUCAGUAUCUUUUCCACUUGGAUCAGAUCAUUUGAAUUCAGAUAUUGCUGGUGAAUUUCUUGGUUCGACCAGUGAGAAUUUAGAGGAAGAUGUCUGGGGCGUUGCGGGGCUUGUAUUGGGUUUGGGUAAUUGUGUUGGUGCAAUGUACAGAGCUGGGAUGUAUAAUGCAAUUCUCAAUGUGAAAGCGUUACUUAUUUCGUGGAUUCCACACCCUACUGAAGUUACAACUAUGAGCAAAGAUCAUGAAAUUUUAUUAUCUGUGGGCUCGUGUCUUGCUGCACCUAUUGUAAUGGCCACGUGUCAGAGGUUUGAACUUACUGAUGAUGCAGAUCUGGAACAUCUAUUGAGUUCCUAUAAGGAACUAAUUUCUGACUUACUCUCUAUUAAAAGAUUUGACACCUUCCAUCAGAGCUUAUUGAUGGCAUCUUGUUUGGGGGCAGGAAGCCUUGUUGGUGUGGUUUUGAAUGAAGGGUUGCACUCUUUCAAAAUUGAACACAUUAAAGAAUUGUUACUAUUGUUCAGAAAAAGUUACUCUGACUCCAAUCCUCCUCUUAUUCAUCUUGGUGCCAUGCUUGGAGUUGUAAAUGCUUUGGGAGCAGGUGCAGGGACACUGAUUGAACCCCACCCUUUGAGCUCAUCACAUGCUUCUUCUGAUCGGAAGGAAGCUUCUUAUAUAUCUGGUCCUUUAAUUACAAAUGCUGUUCUCGAGCCUGAUUUAACAUCACUAGUGCAAGAGAUGUUCCUAGUUGCGCAAAAUUCUGAUGCUAAUCAGUUACAGCAGCAUGCAGCAUGGGCAAUUUCAUUUCUUAGACAGUAUUUGUGGGUCAAAGAACUCCAAAAUGAUGGAAGUACGGCAGAGAAUGAUUCUGUUGGUUCGAAGACUGUCUCACAAAGUUUUCCUGAGGACAGCACGGUCAUGAAAUUGUCUUUGUGGCUAAUGCAUCUGAACUAUCUCAGGACAGGUGAUGUGUCACAUGUAAACACAGUUUCUAGUAUUCUGCGGUGUCUUUCACAUGCUUCUAGGCUACCACCAUUGGAUUGGGGAGCAAUCAUCAGACGGUGCAUGAGAUAUGAGGGUCAAGUUGCUGGCUUGUUGGUGCAAGACAUAACUUUCGAGAGAGGAAAUCUCAGGGAGGAAUGCUUACUUUUCUCAUUAUCACAUGCUAACCAAUUUGAUCCUCUCCUUAGCUUCCUUGAUGAGCUAUGCGACAUCCCUCGGUUGAGGAUGCUUGAGCCUCGUCUACAAUUCUUUGUGCUUUCACAUUUGGCAGAUCUAGUUAAGAUUUUCUCAGGUUCUCGGGUCGUGAAAUUAUUUGAAGAUGUUGCUGAGUUAUUAUCAUGGUCUACUUGUUCUGAGAGUUGCAACUCCCUAGAGAAAAUCUCAUUUAGGAUUUCAUGCUGGAGGGGACUUAAAUUGUGUUUGGAUGAAUCUUCUCAUCACAGUCAAGACUAUAAAUCUAGCAUGGAAAAAUGCAUGGAGUUUCUCUUUACUUUGCUGCCUUGUGCUCAUACUGAAGGGCCAUGUCAGGGUAAAAUUUUUGAAGAAUGGUCUGAAGCAAUUAGAUGCCUUGAGAAGGCUCAACAAAGAUGGCUAUUGGAUCUUCUAAAGGUUUCAGAGGUGAACUUCACUGUCGCAAACUCUCAGCCGUUUGAAACUGUGAAAAAGAUUCAAGCAAUAGCAAAACUAGUCCAAAAUGGUUCCCUGCCAUUGACUGUGCUUGGUAAGCUGAAAGCUUGUCUUUUGGACUGCAGAUCUCAAGAUAUUUGGGAUGCUCUAACUGAAGUUUCAAUAACUGUACAACAUGCUGAAGGGAAUGCCAAAAGACAAUGGCUCAUUGAGGCACUGGAAAUUAGUUGUGUUACGAGAUUUCCUUCCACGGCUCUGCAGUUUGUCGGCCUGCUAUGUGGAAGCUGCUGUAUCUAUAGGCCCGUGUUAAUUGUGGACAAAUUCACUGUGUUGAGCGAUCUGCCAGUCACCCUCACGUCCCUCCUCUCUGAUAGCACCUGGAUGACAGUAGCAGAUUCUGUUGUUUCUUAUUUGUGGGCAUCGACAGAGCGGAUAUAUGAGUGGAACAAACAAUUAAAAGGUGAUUGUGAUCAGUUACCUAAUACACAGCCCAUUGACACAAGUGAAAAUGAUAUAGCCUGCUUUAUUCUACUAGUGAUGUAUCAAGCUUGUGUCUCUUUGAAACACCAUCUUCCUCCAGAGAAACUGCUUCAGCUUGCCAACAUGGUGGUACCAGCAAAUAUGGAUGUCCAUGAGUUGCACGCAAGGUUAAAUUGCGAUGUGAAGAGUAUCUCUGCUUUCAGUCCUUGACUAAUUCAUUUAAAUGGAUGGCAAAAGCAGUAUGCGUCUCUUUGGACGUCAGUUUGCGUUGUCACAAAUAUUCCAGGAUACGUGGCUAAAAUAGUAGGUGUAGUAUUUUAAAUUGCUGCCUAGAUGGGAACAAUAUUUAUCGAUAAAAGAUGGAUAUACAGAGACUUCUCUCAGAUGGUGUAAUAAAUUGAGCAGUUCAAUUCCAUGCGCUUUUUGUGUGUUUGGUACGAGGAGAAGUUGUGGAGAAUGUAAUUGAAAGGUAUCUUACGAGAAAUGAUUUUCUUCUUAUUA